AUGGUUACCACUGAAGAAGGACAUUUCAAGAGAGGAGAUACCAGCCUUUACACCAAGACUUGGACUCCCACCGGCCCCAUUAAGGCCAAGCUCAUUUUUGUCCAUGGGUUCAGCGAGCAUAUUAAUCGCUACAAUGACUUCUUUCCCCAACUAAGCGAGGCUGGAAUCCAAGUCUUUGGGUUUGAUCAGAGGGGCUGGGGCCAGUCGACAACGAAGAAGGCGGAACGCGGCUUGACCGGCCCAACCUCUCUCGUCAUCUCGGAUGUCGCGGCUUUUAUCGAGGACAAGCUUCCGUCCGACGUGCCUAUUUUUGUAAUGGGCCAUUCCAUGGGAGGAGGUGAGGUGAUUACCCUUGCGGCGGACCCCAGCUACGCGAAGCUGGUGAAGCAGAUUCGCGGCUGGCUCCUCGAUGCGCCCUUCAUUGGCUUCUCGCCUGACGAAGAGCCAAGCAGCAUCAAGAUUUUCAUGGGUCGUCUUGUUGGAAAGCUAUUGCCCAAGCAGCAACUCAAGCAUGAAGUCCCGGCCGAGCACCUGAGCCGUGAUCCGGCUGUCGUCGAAGACUUCCGCAACGAUCCUCUGUGCCACAACACCGGCACGCUGGAGGGGCUCGCCUCGCUCCUGGACCGAACUGGCGCUCUCUCCUCGGGAUCCAUCAAGCUGGGCGAUGACCUGAGCCUCUUCCUCGGACAUGGAACUGCUGAUAAGACCUGUAGCUAUGAUGCGUCUAAGAAGUUCUUCCACGACCAGCCAACCAAUGACAAGACGCACAAGGCAUACGAGGGAGCGUAUCACCAGAUCCACGCCGACCUUUGCAAGGAUGACUUUGCUAAGGAUAUCAUUGAAUGGAUCAAUGCUCGCAGUGAGAACCGAGAGAGCGUACCUGCGGAGUCGAAGUUGUAG